AUGGAAAAUCUGCUCUCCAAGCUGUCUAAUGCCUUCAAGAUUCGUGAUCUUAGAGAGCCUGGUUUUUUUCUUGGGAUUGAAACUGUUAAGUGUGUUGAUGGUCUUAUCCUUUCGCAGCGUAAAUACAUGAAUGAUAUUCUCAAACGUGUUGGUAUGACAAAUUGCAAGCCUCUUGCUACUCCUCUAUCUGUUUUGAGAUCCUCAUCUAUCAGUACAGACCUCUAUGAUGAUCCCACUAGGUAUAGGAGCCUGGCAGGUGCUCCCAAUAUUCCGGUUCCCAAGCUCUGGUGUGACAACCUUUGUGCUACCUACAUGUGUGUCAAUCCAAAUUUCCAUGCUCGUACAAAGUAUGUGGAAAUAGACUAUCAUUUUGUGAGGGACAAAGUUGCUUCAGGAGACAUUCAGGUGAAUUUUAUUUCUACAAAGGAUCAACUUGCUGACAUCUUUACCAAGCCUCUUACGGGACCCAGGUUUGCUUUUCUGAGAAACAAGCUUCAGGUUAUUGAUAUACCCUUUGCUUAA